AUGGCUCCUCGGGUCAAGGGUAAAGGUGUCAAGGGUCAUAGAGGUUCUCGCACCACUGCCGCAGCCGCUAUUUCAACCACCUCCACCUCUUCUGGGACUUCGGUUGUGCCAGAUUUUCAGUCAGGACCACUUAGCCAGCAACCGUAUUUGAUGGCACCUAAUCCAGGCUACACGGGUCUUCCUCCACCAAGUUGGCCUACUCCAGGAUGUAUGGGUCCCCCUCCUCCACCCCCUCCUCCAAUUUCGAUUCCUCCUCCGCUUCGCAAUUCCAGUCUAUUAGUUGAUUCAGAGACACCUGGAAGCUCUAGUACAUCUCCUCCAUCAGAGACUGCAUCGGUUCCUAAUAGUGUCACAAAAGAAAGAUUGGUUCCUGAUGGAAAAACAAGUUGGUUACCUUUUCCUCCUAGUUCUCAGAAGAUUACAGAGAUCAUCAAGAAACGAUAUGAUAAACCGUACAAAAAGUUUGGAGAUGUCCCUCUUCUGACAAAGAAGCUUUGGUUUAAGGAGUGGAAGAGCCACUUUCUUAUUGAUGAUGAUGAUGAUGAGUUUUUCUGGAGGGCUUUCAAGUAUAGGACAAGUAAGCGAUUUAGCCAAAUGAUGUCUGAUAUCCGUAAGGGUGUGGAUACAACCCACGAAUGGCUAAUUCCUGCUUACAAAAAGGUGUUGGAAAGGUACUGGGAAACAGAUGAGAAAUGGAAAAAUAUAAGGAAAAAAGCAAGGGAGAAUCGAGCGUCACUCUUAGCUGGUUCUGUCCAUUGCGGUGGUUCUAUUCCAUUGAGCUCAACUAUAGAGAGGAUGAAGAAGCAGUUGGGCCGUACACCAACCCACGAGGAGGUCUUCAAAGAAACCCACACACUUAAAAGUGACAAGUCUAAAUGGGUGGACAAGCGCUCUCAAGACACUCAUGAGAAGUUUAUAAAAAAGUUAGCAGAAGUUCAGGCCCAACAUGCCGAGGCUCAAGCACAAGGAAUGGAGCUACAACCAAUUGAUGAAGAUUUUAUUUGGGAGGAAGUGUGUGGUGGGCAAAAGAAGAAUCGAGUUUACGGAAAAGGGUCAUUCUUUUCUAACUCUAUCAAGUCUGGAACCACUUCUGCCAAUUCUGUAUCUGGAAGAGCACCAAGAAAUCAAAAUUCUGUUCCUAAUUUGCGAGAAUAG